AAAAUAUAUAGUAUAUAGCUAAGCUUGGCUCGCUGCCAUAAAACUUGGGGUCAAAGUAUAACAUAGCUAACCUGACAGUAGUAGUGACUACAUAUGAUUAUAUAGACCCAUUCUGGCUUAAGUUAUUAGAGAGGCUGAAAAAGAAAUGGAAGAUUCAGUUCCAAUUUUAAGAAACUCUGAUUGUAUUGUGCAGGAAAAGUUGAUUCCCUCAUGGGAUGAAGCGAUAGAGAAUGGUUUGCGAGAAUUGGGGUGGUCGGGGAUGGCGCAAUGCAUCCUUGUGUCCAUUGCUAUGUGCUUUGAUGCACAGCAGUCCUUCAUGGCAAUCUACUCCGACGACUACCCAACAUGGCACUGCACAGAGACAGCAUGCACCUCAUCACGUUCUGACAUAUGCAAGCUUCCAAAGUCCUCUUGGGCAUGGGAUGGACCCUCUUCUAAGACAAUCAUAUCACAGUUUGGCCUUGAAUGUGCAGGCAGCUUCAUCACAGGUUUACCUCAAUCUUCUUUCUUCGCCGGUUGCCUUAUCGGUUCCUUUCUUCUUGCCUCCUUGGCUGAUACAUCUCUUGGAAGAAAGAACCUCCUCUUGCUGUCUUGUUUAUCAAUGUCCAUAUCUUCUAUCUUCAUUGUCUUCUCCACCAAUGUUUGGAUCUACUCCGCCUUUAAAUUCCUCAUCGGGUUUUGGCGUUCAUCCAUCGGAACAUGUGUUCUGGUGUUGCUGACUGAGAAAGUGAGCACUGAGUGGAGGUUCACAGUGGGAAUUGUCGAAUAUUUCUGCUUCACAUUGGGGUAUAUGAUCUUGCCUGGAAUAGCUUAUAUAAACAAGAAUUCUUCAUGGAAAACUCUCUAUGUGUGGACAUCCAUUCCUGCCAUUUUUUACUCUAUCAUUGCUUACCUUUUUGUUACCGAGUCUCCAAGGUGGCUUCUCAUGCAAGGUCGAGAGCAAGAAGCCAUGGCAAUGCUUAACGGAGUUUCUUCAGUAGAAAAUGGUGCUAAUUUAACUGCUAGCCUGCUGAAAGUUCCUGCUGCUAAACAAAAGUCUUCAAUUUUCCAACUUUACUCAUCAAUAGCAGAGUUGUUUGAGAGAAGUUGGGCUCUUAAACGGAUGGUGGCCAUUAUGGUGCUUGGUCUUGGGAUUGGAAUGGUGUAUUUUGGCAUGCCUUUGGCCGUCGGGAACUUAGGAUUUGACAUUUACUUGGCAGUUGUGCUUAAUGCCUUGAUGGAAAUACCUUCUUGUGUAGUCACCUACUUCUUGGAAAACUACAGAAGAAAGCCAUCUAUUCUUGCAUUUUCAGUAGCAAGUGGGAUAUGCUGUGUAUUGUGUGUGGUCGUAGGCAGUGGGCAGCAGGUAGCUAAGGUGGGGAUAUCAUUGGUAGCCUUUUUUAGUGCUGUCACGGCUUAUAAUGUGUUUCUCAUUUACAUUAUAGAGUUGUUUCCCACCAGCGUAAGGAACACCACAACCUCAUUGGUGAGGCAAGCAACUGUAUUUGGUAACAUAUUCAUCCCAUUUUUGAUAUCUGCAGGAAGGAAAAAUGAUAUUUUCUCCUAUGGCGUAUUUGGAGUAGUUAUAAUAUCAUCCUGUUUGACUUUAGUCUGUUUGCCAGAGACCACAGGAAUAGCACUUUGUGAUACCAUGGAUCAACAAGAGAAAAAGCACAGCUUAUCUGUGUAAAAUGUGUAACAGGGCUCGGAAAGAAAUUUUCUUGAUUUUGUCAACAAGAGAAAAAGAACAACACAUCUGGGUAAAAUGCAUAACUGGGUCAGUUUAUGAUGCUUUUGUAGGUUCGCUGUGUUUGCCACAUCGGUAGGAAAUGUUCUUUAUGUUGUCUCGAUUAUGAAGUGAAAAUAUCUAAGCAAUGCUAUAAAUGACGGACUCCGUUCUUGAAAUUUUCAUGUAGUUUUGUAUCAUUUAAGUUAAUUUAUGUAAUGUCCAAUCAACCUCAUAUGACUUUUGUUGAU